GAGCCCAUUGGCGGCCGUCGGUACAUUUAAAACAAGCCACCGCCGUCAAGAAUUUUAAGAUUGGCCUGCUUCCCAUUGUCUUUUGGAAGUGUUUAUUUCAGGUCAUGUUUUUGUUAAAAAUUUUAUUUUUCUUUGUAACUACAUUGUUAUUAAAGACAAGUGGUGAAGCUGAAUAUUGCAAAAAAAUAUUGGCCGAACUAGGAAAUGCAGAAAGUAAUUUUGCAUACUGCGCAACAACACAUUCGGUACCGGUGGAAAUAUGCAAUGGGUGCAAGAAAGAAUAUGAUUCAAUGAAAGAUAUUUUUGUAAACUUUUCAAAUGACGUUAAUUGCACAUCCAGAUACUUUGACAAGGACCGUGUAAAUUUAGUCACCACUACCGAAGAAUCGUUAUCAAGCCUAUGGACAAAGGCGUAUUGUGAUGACUGUUUUAGAAAUGAGAAUAUCUUCAAAUUUAACGAAAAGAUAACUGCAUUGGAAGGAUGUAUUGGCUCAAACUCAAAGCAUCCUUGCGAAUCAUGCAUUGGAGAUUAUAAGGAUUUAAAUAACUUCUACAUACAAAUGGAUCAACAUAAUAAUGGUGGCGUCUGUUUUGAUAUUCAAGAUUCGAUGAACCGAACUCGAACUAAAUGGUCCAAAGAACUGAAAUGUUGUCGGCGCGAAUACAAUAUGCUAUUGUUUACAGUUGCUUUUUCUAUAGUCAGCUUCAUCUUUGUUCUAUUCUAUAGUGGAAUAUAUUUUGUAACCAAACGCCAGGAACGAAAUCAUGGAAUUUUAACCAAUGAAGAUCCCUUGCUAAAUACAAAUGCACCAUCAACCUCCAGAGGUGUAGCCAAUAUAAGGAGGAACACGGAAACGCUACCCACAACAGAACUUGGUAAUACAAGUCCAUCCCCAGAACGAAAUGAAGAAGUUGUGGAAGCAUCUUCGUUACAAACCAAGGAACAGCAAGUAGCCAUAGGUUACAGCAAAUUGAAUGACGAUGAGGAAAAUAGCUCCGAUGAAGAUAACAUAGCUUACAAAAAGUAAACAAAAUCAUUGGGAGCUAUUAUUAAGUAUAUUAUACUAACCUAUUUGUAUUAUAUAUCAUACUAUACCAAACCUAUUAAAACUCAUUCUUUUUUUCAUAA